GACAAUCCGUCGCACAGCCUGGUCGGGCUAAGGGACCUCAGGCUCUGAGGCCUAGUUCAGUAGUUGGUACAACUUACAACUUACAAGGAUAGUCUGUCAGAGAGCAUGGUUGGUGCAGAGAUGCUGUCACAAGAUAGCAAGCUGCUUCUGAGGAACAUAGUACGACAUACUGAAACUCAUAACCGGAUUACGGAGGAGCAGGAAAUGUGGAGACAGCUGAAAGCCGAGAAACGGGAAGCCAAAGCCAGGAAACGGAAACAUGCAAGUAAAGAUAGAUGCAGAGACAGUAGACAUGUGUCUCACAAGAGUUCGAAACACACUCUUGGGUCCACUUCUAGUCCGUCAUCAGCAGAAAGCAGCCGGGAUUUCGGAAAACAUUCAAAUGACUUAUAUUGGACACAAAAGCUAAUGCAAUUUGAGGGGACGAACAGAGACAGGUGGGGUCAUAGUGGGUAUAAGGAACUGUAUCCUGAAGAGUUUGAAACAAGACUGAAAAACGGCAUUUCACCUCCUGAAGAGCAAUCUAAAGAUUGUCAAGAUGACCACAAAAAGGGUAUUAAAAGAUGUAAAAGAAGAGAGUCAUUCUCAAAUGAUAGGCAGCACAAGAAACACAGCAAAUCUCAUAAAAACAGUAAAAAGUGCAAAAGUUCCAAAAAGAGUAAAACCAAGACUAAGGGUACGAAAAAAGCAAAAGUACUGAAAUCACAUGACCGCAAGCACAAUAAAACUUGACCGUGAUAUGAUUAUGAUUUUAAAAUUUUUUGCAAUAGAAUCACCAAUAAAAAUUAUUGUGAGUAGUUAUAGUUGAAAAUUGUUAGUAUAAAAUAUUUUUAUCCUACAUAACCAAGCCUUUACUUGUCUGGUAACUAACUGCAAUGAAAUUGCUGGCAAUUGUGUGGCAAUCACUGUUGUUUUCUUCCUAACACACUUCGAUAGUGGACAAGAUGUCAUAUGGUCUAGGUAUACUAGGUAUACUAGGUAUACGGACAUUGUACAUAUUAGAGAGUCAGAUUUCAUAAUCGAGCCAUAGACUAGUAUACUAUGUAUUUAUUAUGUCUUCAAAUAUAUUUUUGUUUAGGCAGUAUUUGUGGUACAUCGAUAUUGUGCAAAAAGAAGAAAACAAUUUGUAUAAUAAAAAUUUCAACACGUUAAAAACA